UCCGAACUCGCGCCAUGUUAGACUGAGGUGUGUGAAAGUACAGUCGAAGGACUCGCGUGUGUUCAGUCAUUUAGCGCGUUUAUGGUGACGUAACUGAGACAUAAACACGACGAGCAGGUGGAUAUAGCAUGAUAAGUUGAAAUCUCCUCACACAGAUGAGGGAACAUGUUGGCCAUGGAUCAAGGCGUAGUGGAGGAAUGGCUGUCUGAGUUUAAGACUCUUCCAGAUACGGCCAUCUCCAGUUAUGCCGUGUCUCUGAAGGAGAAGGACUUUCUAGUUCCUGCACUCUACAAAGUUAUCCGGGAGAAUUACAGCGAUCUGUUGGAGCCGGUGUGUCAUCAGUUGUUUGAGUUUUACCGCAGCGGUGAACCGCGUCUUCAACGCUUUACGCUGCAGCUUCUCCCUGAGCUGGUGUGGAGUUAUUUGUCCGUCACAGCGGCGCGAGACCCUCACUGCAGCAGCUGCAUAGAAGCUCUUCUUCUCGGCAUCUAUAACCUGGAAAUCGUUGAUAAAGAUGGGCAGAGUAAAGUGUUGACUUUCACCGUCCCUUCCUUAUCUAAGCCUUCAGUGUAUCAUGAGCCCUCUUCCAUUGGCUCUCUGGCCUUGACGGAAGGAGCCUUAGCCAAUCACGGCUUGAGUCGAGUGGUUUACAGCGGGCCACACCUCCAGAGAGAGACCUUCACAGCACAGAACAGGUUUGAGGUUCUGACGUUUUUGCUGCUCUGUUAUAAUGCUUCUUUGAGUUACAUGUCCAGCUCGUCGCUGCAGUCUCUGUGUCAGCUCAGCUCCAGGGUCAGUAUCUGUGGGUAUCCACGGCAACAGUUACGGCGGUAUAAAGGCAUCAGCGCGCGGUUGAUGGUCACGUCAGAGUUCCUGGUGCAGUUGAUCACGGGGAUUCAUUUUGCGCUGUGUAAUGGUGAAGCGGAAGUGGGCUCUAAGGCUCUGGAGGACGUGCUGUACCGUGCGCAGCUGGACCUCUUCCCAGAGGCUCUGCUGGUGGGAAACGCCAUCAAAUCAUCUCUUCACGGUGCAUCUCUGAAGUCUAAUAAAGGAGGAUCUCGAUCCAUCCGGGUGGAGAUCACACCCACGGCCUCUCGGAUCUCCCGGAACGCCGUGACCAGCCUGUCAAUCCGAGGACAUCGCUGGAAACGCCACGACGCAGUGGAUUUGGGUUCCCCGGACGAGCUGACGGAAAUCGCGGAGGUGGACGAGGGUAUCUGUACGCAAGCAUCGGGCAGUCAGGCCAGCCCACCCAUGAUAGUCGUCAGCAACAGCGCCGUCACCACAGCGUCCUCUGGUGGCAGCGUGGGAAAGCUGGCGGGAAAAGGUCUUCGUCGUUUGACGGGAAGAUCGAGCAAAGAAAAGGACAAAGAAAAAGAGAAAGAUGCCGCCAACCCCGAUAUGGAUCAACUUUCUCGUAAGCAGGCGUCCGUUCGCGCAUUGAGCGAAAACCUCGAGCUUCUGUCACUCAAACGGCUGACGCUGACAGCCAGCCAAUCAGUGCCUAAGAGCGGUUCGCUCAGCCUGUCGCGCACCGCCAGCGCCGUCUUCUCGCGCUCUUUCGAGCAAGUCAGUAAUGCGCUCUCCGUCGCCGCGGGCAACCAGCCUCCCAGCCGCGCGCCGAGUCCCACCUCGAACCACCUCGUUCCCGAAGGUGGACACCAGGAAGAGGGUGUGGCCUAUUCAGAGCACUUGAGCCCCGCCCGCCAGCUCCGGCAGCGGUCACCCACCAUCAGUAUCCAUGUGACCUCUGACCCCUAAAUCCACCCUAUAAGGACUGGUCGCGUUAACUGCAAUGCGCAAAUACAGAUGUGGCACUGCUGCCCCCGUGUGGCACAAAACUGCAGCACCUUAAAGGAAGUCUGUUUUUAUCCCCUACGGUUUUGUCAGUUGUUUAUAAAUACCAAAGUAAUGUAUUUUUGAAGUAAGUGUUUUUAAAAAAGCCCAAAUUCUUCUUUAAGGUGUCCAUGAAGUCUAGAUGGCGUCUGUAUUUACAUUUACACAUGAAGUCUGAAUACAAGCUGGAUAUUUGUAAUGAUGUAUCUACAGUGUGUGCGUGUUCGGGAAAAGGCUUACAGAAGAUGAACAAACAGCCAUUUUCAGACAUGCUAAACGUGGUAUUUGUGUGUGAUUUGCAUUGCACGUGUGUGUGUGUGUGUGCGCAGCUCAUGCAGCUGAAGCCAUCUCUUCACUCUCUGUUUCCACGGUUAUCUGGAUCAAUCACAAAACUCAACAGAAAAUCUGCUGGAAUUGGAUAGCAAACAGAAGUAGUCGUCUUUGUUUACACUGUUAUUCAUGCAGAAUUUGAAAGCAAUAUCAUUGCUAUGUGAACUCUAGUGCGAGAGCUUCCAUAAGGCCAUAAUAGAUGAGCUUUCUGGCUGCAUGAGUCUGUUGGUCAAGUUUGAUUAACGGGGUUUUGUGUGAGUUAAACCAGCUGCUUGGGUAUCAAAUCGAUGUCAUGCUUUGAAAGCAAAGCACAAACGAUAGAGACCCAUUAAACAGUGUGAUUAUAAGCCACAAAUCAUUCCUUUAAAAUAGAUUAAAUAUGGGUUAAUGACAUUUUCUUGAAUUAAUUAUGGCAUCCAUUUUUUCCCCCUUUUGAUGGUUACAUCACUGCGGGGAUCAUGCCGGUGUUGGUCUUGGUUUAUUUUAUUUCUUCACAUUCUGAAACGAUGGAUUGAGCUUUUAAUUAUGACGUGAAAGGACAAUAAUAGUGGUUGCGAUUAUUUUCAGAACGUCAACAUUUUAUUGUGAAUUGUAAAUAUUAUUGUACUUGAGUCAUUUUUUUGCCUUUCAUCAAAAAUAACAUGAUUACAGUCUUAGAAAAUAAAGAUUUCUAUUUCAAGAUGGCUCAAUUUUUUUUAUUGCAUGAAGAUAUAUUUCCUCAUCACCCCAGCCUCCUCACUGUAACCCAUCAGACCCUGGUCCAGAUGUUUCCCUUCUGAUGGACUCUAAUGGGAAGUUCCUGGACCCACAGAAGCGUGUUUUUGCAAAUAACCUAAAGGAUGCUGCCCUGGGCCGCAAUCCAGCAUCGCUGAGCCCCUUUCCAAAGACACCAGGAUGACACCAGGACACUACCGGUCCAUCCACCCCUACAUGCCCAGAUAUGCCCCUUUGACCCCAGUGAGGAAAGACAACAGCUGGACAAGCAACUUACAUCAUCCAGUACCCCCAACACACCUACCUGAGGCUCCUUACACACCUGUAAACCCACACAUACCUGCCCCACAUCCACCUGCUGGACAUCAACACCCCACAAGGAAAAGGAAACAAAAAACUGCCCCAAACCAGGAGAGACCCCCACAGCAGAGAGAACAGAGCUAUGCUGAAGCUGUGGCCCGGCCCCCUGCCACACCCACACUCACGACAACCAGCGAGCUGGGGCACAUUAAAGAGAUGCUACAAACACUGCAACCAGCUGUUACAGAGAUAAGCACACAAUUCAAACACACUUACACACACACACAAACUCACACUCACAAACUCACACUCACAAACUCUCUCACACACACACACACACACACACAAACUCUCUCACACACACACACACAAACUCACACUCACAAACUCUCACACACACACACACAAACUCUCUCACACACACUCACAAACUCACACUCACAAACUCUCUCUCACACACACACACAAACUCUCUCAAACUCACAAACUCUCUCACACACACAAACUCACUCACAAACUCUCACACACACACAAACUCUCUCACACACACACACACAAACUCACACUAACAAACUCUCUCACACACACACACACAAACUCACUCACAAACUCUCACACACACACAAACUCUCACACACACACACACAA